UAUUAACAGUCUCCGAUCACGUGAUUAUGCAAGACUAACAUAUGAAAGACCAAGUAAUUAAUGAGGCAUGUUAUAUGCUUCUUCCAAAAGAUAUUAAGUCAAAAAAAAAACAUAUAUAUAGUAAAACUCAAGAUGAAUUGACAUCAAAGUGUCAAGAAAUAUAUUCAGAAGAAUCAUCGAAAUAUGAGGAAUGUUAUUUUCCUUGUUUAAUGCAUGGUCGAGAGACAGAAUUGUCACGGGAUUACCGUUAUAUGUGUUUUCGUAUACAAUCAAAUCAACUUAAAAAUGAUAUUAAUGAACUUUUUGAAACGAUACAUGAUAAUAUGAUUGUUUCUUUAUCAGUAUUUAUUGAACAAAAUAAACAUUGGAAAGAGGAGAAUGAGAUACCAACUUGUAUACUUCUCUUAGGUGCUUAUUUUUUUGACCAUAUAGGAUUAUAUACGUGUAUAGAAGCUCAACUUAAUGCUAAUAUUUAUGGACCACUUAUCAAUCUUCAUGUAAGGCGAACGCCAGACAUGAAAGCAUGCUUCAAGCAAAUAAUUGAGACUUGUAUACAAUUUGGUCGACAAAGAAAUUCUGAUAUUUCAACUGAAGAAAAUCCAGAAAAAAGACAAUGGUCCAUAUAUUGUGAAUAUGACCCGGAAUGUGUGGUUAAAUGGUAUGAAGAAGCUAUACUUCAAGGCUUAAUUAACCAAGAUGAGUUUAGACUGGUUAUUUUUCUUCAGGAAGUUGAAGGUUUUGAUGGGAAUUUUAUUAAUCACUUCAUUACUAUAUUAAAAAAAAUGCAUGAACGUGUUCCUUUACUAUUGUUUAUUGGUAUAUCGACAUCUGUUGAAAUCUUUCAAGACAUCUUGGAAAAAAAAUCAUUAAAAGCAUUAAAUAUUAAAUAUUUCAAUACCAAAUAUCUUAAUGAUAGUCCAGAUAUUGCGAUUCAAAAGAUAUUGGUAUCGUCUAAACACCCUAGAUUACGCUUAGGAUCAUAUUUAUACGAUAUACUUUUCGAUAUGUAUCAAAAACAUUCUUUUAAUAUUGCUUCUUUUCUAUCUGCAAUUAAAUUUGCUAUGAUGUCUCAUUUUUUCUCGAAUCCAAUUAGUAUUGUAAAUUAUUGUGAUUCUGCGCAUUCAGAGCUGAUUUCUCAUGACCACUUGGAAUGUAUACGUUCUUUACCAUCUAUCAAACGAUUUACAGAAGAUCUUCUUGAUAAAGGUGAUAUUUAUUCUGCAGAAUCUCUUUUAAAUGAUGAUUACUAUUUUCGAAAUAUUAUUAAUACAUUAAUUCAUGACAUAGAAGAACACAAUAGAAAAUUGGAUGUUUCCAUAUCCUUUUUAAACAUUAUUCAAGGAAAAUAUGCAUCUUCAGUACGAAAAAAAAGCCUUUCAUGGAUUUAUGGAAAGCUUUUGGAAAAUAAUAUACAACAGAAUUUAGACACAAUACUUAAUCCAAUAAAAAUAAUGAGUUCUAUAGAUAUUUUGCAAUUUAUUCAGGAAGCGUUAACCUUAAAAGAUAUUUAUGAUCAAUUUCCAGACCUUGAAGGAUUUUACAAAAAAAUAUUUGAUAUUGUAGAAUCAUCUGAACAUAAAAAUCUAAUAGAUAUUUCGGACAAUGAAAUAAACGCAUCUAAUAAAACAGAAGAAAUAUCAAAUAAAGCAAAUUCAGAGCUCAAUGAUGAUGUUAUCAAUUCUGAAUUUUAUAAUAUUAGGAAUUCAUUAUAUCAAUAUUUACAAGAAAUAUUUAGAAAAUACUUUGUAUCACCUAUGACAUAUCCAUUGCAUGAACUUUAUUAUUUUAAUUAUAGCAGAGCAUACCUUGAUGCAUUUCAUCCACGCAUAAGAGCAGCCAUUGAUACUGCAUUGUCUCUACCGAGUCAUUAUCUCUCAUGCAAUUAUGAAGUUGGAGAUAAGGAAAAUGAAGAUAAUCUAUCAAUUCCUUCUUUACCAAAAAUAUGUAUUUCUUACAGGCUUUUUCUUGAAUCAGGUUUCCUUAUAAAUGUCAGUGAUUGGUUAACUGCUUUUAUCCAAUCUGCAAGUAAAGGAAAUGAUAAAGAUGAUAAACAAGAUUCAGAAGAAUAUUUGCAAGCAGAAUUUUUACAAAGUUUAGAAGAAUUAAGAUAUCUUGGAUUUAUAAAGCCUACCAAAAGAAAAACUGAUCAUGUUGCAAAAAUAUCAUGGAUGCGUUAAAAUUAUGCUAUUUUUUCUGGGAUUUACGACUAGAUUAUAUCAUAGC